AUGAAUCAAAAAAUUGUAUUAACAAUCGUCGCGUGUUUUGCUAUCCAAAGUAUAUACACAACUACAGGUUUUUCUCUACAAUAUGAAGAUUCUAAAAAUCAUAUAUCGAACUCAGAUACAAAUACAUCCACGGAUAUAUCUUCAAUUUUGCCUUUCGUGACAAUGAUAAAGGGGCAAGUUAAAGAAAUAAUUUUCGAAUUACUCUUUCAAAUUCUCGAAUAUAUAAAACAGAUCAUUCAAGACUGUAAAGUACGUUUCAUAAAGAAACUUGGCAAAUAUUCGCUAGCAGAUAUUUUCCAGAUAAUAUUUGACGGAGUCGUUGAAUUCGUGAAGGAUGAAGAAUCAGGUACAACCAGUAAAUGCAACACCACUGAAAGCACAACUGAGAAACCUAAACAUGAGACAAGACCAAAAGAAGUAAAAGUGGAAAACGGUUACAGUUACGAUGACGAGUUUCAGUGGUCGUCAUACUAUAAAUAA